AUGAGGAAAGACAUCAGCAAAGAGAAAAAUAGUCUGAUGCUUAGAUCAGAAGAAAUCACAAUUUUUAAGGGGGAGUUUGUCAGCUUACUUAAUGUCCAUGCACAUAUCUUAGCUAAGAGGUUAGUUGUCCGUAACCAAAAGCACCCGGCCGGGGCUGACAAAGAGACGCCACCCCGAGGUGUUGUGGAGCAGUUUUCGGGAGCCUGGGCAGCAGGAAGCGAGGCUCGGGGCAGCAGCGCGGGGUGCCGGCAGCCCGGCCCCACGGGGACUGAGGGACGGGAUCCCGAGGCUCUGGGGCUGGGAGCGAGCAGCGCUGGGCCAGCUGCCGGCAGCCCGGACCCACAUGGGGUGAGAGAAGUGUCCUGCACUGCAAAUGGCCUCCUGUUUGACAUUUAUUGCUUGCUAGUCUGGAGUCAGCUCUGGUGGAUGAGGAAGGUUGGUGACUCUAAGAUGUUUGAGAGAAUCAAACGAUCUGAUGAAGCUUCUGCUUCUUCAGCACAAGGAAUCCAAAGACAUGGUGUUGAGGGCUCUCCACGUCAGGACAGCAGUAGCAGUUUGCACAGAAGAGGACAGGAACAUCCUCGGCCUGGAGCAUCCGCUGGGCAAAAUAGACAAGGAUACUGCAACUGUUGCCACGUACACUACAGUAAUCUGGAACAGCAUGUUUUCAGCUCCCAGCACAGACAUUUUACAACAUACUGUAGAAAUCGUAUGGGUACCAGUAGCUUGAUGGAACGUUUCCUGCAAGAUGUUUUACAGCAUCAUCCCCACAGAUACCAUGACAGCAGUAAAUUUGGCUCAAUUGAGGUGGAACUUGCUCAAUGA